UCUCCAAGCUCCUCCUUCAGCAGCUUCCGCAGCAAGACCGUUAUGGGCAGUGGUAUUGAACACACCCUCUCUCCUAUGACCGCCAGCAGCCCCCGCAACCAGAUCCGGCGGCAACCGUCGGCCAUCGACCUGGCUUUGGAAGAAGAACAAAUGGCUGAUCAUGCAGAAAGCAUCGGCCUGGGCCUCCUCGAACCACGACCACGUGCCAACACCACCUCGUCUAUGUCUAGCCAGGGCAGCCAGUGCUCAAUGAUGGAGUUCAUGAGUGAGACCAUGCAGACACCCGUCAUUCUAGAUGGCAUCUUUGAAGUCAUGGAGCGUGCUUGA